CGUUGGGAGAAGAGCUCUGCUUUGUAGGGGGGUGAGAGACUAAUUUAUUAGGUGCUUCAUUCCAUCUGUACGCAUUCAUCCCCCAUUUUUUUCAUCUCAGUUUCUCUCUCCUUUCUUUCUCCUCUCUCUCUUCAAUCUCUAAAAAUGGCCGCCUCCACCAUCGCCACCUCCUCUGUCGCCUCCGCCUCCUCCACCUCCACGACUGUCGUCAUCACCGCUCCAACAUCGCCACCUCCUCCGUCGCCGCCGCCUUCACCAUCUCCACCGCCUCAACAGUCGCCUUCAUCUCUCUCCUUUCUUUCUCCUCUCUCUCUUCAAUCUCUAAAAAUGGCCGCCUCCACCAUCGCCACCUCCUCUGUCGCCUCCGCCUCCUCCACCUCCACGACUGUCGUCAUCGCCGCUCCACCAUCGCCUCCUCCGUCGCCUCCGCUUCCACCAAGGCAGCAACCAGCCAUAUGUUUAAUUUUUGAUGAUUUGCAGGUGACUGGCGGGAUGGGGAUCGUCGAGAUCGUGUCGGUGACCAUUAUUCUUCUUCUCUCUCCCUCUCUUUCCGGAUCUUCGCCAGUGUGACCAGACACCGGAGGCCCUCCGCCGUCCCCGCGGCGAUGUUUCUCAAUAGUUCCAAGAAACUCUGGUAUCUAGCUCUGAUAGUCUUAAGAGCACCCUCUUUCUGCCUCCGAAAAAUCUAUUUCAUCUGUUUUCUUUGCACCAAACUCUAAUCAAUUUCAUUCUCCAUUCUCGGUUUCAUAUUCGUUCUUGGAAGCAAUGAUCAAGUCCCUCCAAAAGACGUGAGUUGAUCCCGGCAUCGGAGCAAGGAGGUAUUGGGAUUUCCAUCGUCGCCGAUGAUGUUUAUGGUGGGAAACUAAGGAGCGGAUUCAAGGGUGUCCGCAGAUCCAACGAGGAAUCUAUAAGGUUGCAUCCCACCGCCGUCGUAGAUAUUCCCAUAACCAUCACUCUUCUACACUGAUCAAUCUGUCUUAUUUUGUUAACUCUCCUUAGAUUUGCGAAGUCACCAACAGGAGGGAAACCAUAUUUGCUGACUCUGGAGUUUGCGUUGAGAACUUGAAGGAUUCAUGGGUCUCCACUCACUUUUUAUAUACCUUUUCCCUCUCUAUCACUCCAUUUUUGACGUAUAAUGAUUCAUCUCUCAACUUGCUCCUCAUCUCUAUGUCUCAAGUUCCAUUGGCACUUUCAGUUUAUUUGACUGAUUUUUCUCUGUAUUUAUCCUUGGGUUUGAGAUUGAUCAGGAGACAGAAUGGUCAGAUGGCAGUUGCGAGACGAUUCAGAGGAGAUCAACGUCCGAUGGUUCUGUUUCUGUGUUUUUGCUAAACUUUUUUGCUUCACUUUUCUUUGAGAGUUAGUUCUCUCUUUCUUUCUCUAAUUGUCAAAGAGGCGUGCAUUGGCCCCAUAGUAUUUCAUCAAGGGCGAUAUUUUGUGAUUGUUGUUGCCCCUGAUGUUCCGCUCUUCGUGAGAUGAAUGAAAUAGAGGGUAUUUGAGAAUGUAUCAUUUUUUCUCAUCUUAUGUAGGUUGCUGAUUUCGUUCCGUUUGUUGUCAACGUCCCCUAUUUUAUGGCUUUGCUUACUAAUUCUUGCAGUUGUGUUUUGCUCGACCAUGAACAAGCAGAUCAGGACAAGGAAAAGUUGUUCCAGCUUAAGGGUUCUCUGCAGACGAGUUUCAAAGUGGCCAGAGUAGGAGUCCAGCAUAAAAACAAUAACAGGGGAAUGGCUGUUUAGUACCUGCGAUCUACUGCUAGGAAGGGGUGAUUACUAUUUCACAUGAUUGCUUUCACAGAGGUCAUGAUCUGCGGAUGGUUAUGUCUGCUGCAGGUUUUGUAGUGGUUUACCAUGUGGCGGUAUUGUUCAGUGGGGGGUAAACAUAAGACCUUUUUGUUAAUGUUGCCAAGUCGUUUGUGAAUAUGGACGGUGAUUCAAACUUUCCUAAGAUUAAUUGUGGGGUAAGAUUUGAGAAUUUAGUUACAAUAGUCAAUUCAUUGAUUCAACAUUAGUUGGGAGAUGGUGUGAAGGUUGAAUCAGCCUAUAGUUCAUGGGUUUGAUUAAGUUCUUAUUAAGCUAUCUUAUUGUUGUUCACAGGCUGAAUGCAAGUACAAUUGAUUUUUUUACAAUCUAUAGUAAAGAUUGGUCAUAUAAGUAAACUCAUAUUUUGCAUCUCCCGACGCAGACGACAGUGGAUCCACAAAAAUGAAGAAGAGAAUGCAAAACAUGUUUGUUCGCAGAACGACGUAUUGGAUGUCGUUCCAUUUAUUUGCCAUGCCCAUAUAAAUCUUGGGCUAAUGAAUAUAAAUUUUGACA